AUGCCCAUCGAUGGUAGAGAACUUAUUGAGGCCAUUUCAAUAUUGGCCGAUGAACGCAAUGUCCGUGUCACCGUCAAACAAUCGGGAAAGGGAGCCAUCAUAUGCGCAGCUUGCUGUUUUGCUGGUGGAGUACUAUUGGGACCUCCGGGUUUGGCGAUAGGUGGUGUUGCUGGUGGUGUUACAGCAUAUAAAAUGACCAAAGGCUCAUUCCGUCCUUUGGGUGAUGUGAUAAUCAACGAUCUAAAUGAUACACAAAAGGAACAAUUAGUACAACAUGUGACAAAUGCCGUCAAAGAUAUUCAUCCCACCGAUUUAGCUCUGCUAUUGCCACUGAUAAUGAAUAAUCAGUCAAUACAAACGGCGGUCUUGAAAACAGUUGUUAGUUUUGUAUCAAGUGAAUUACGUUUGCAGAUCAUCGAUUGA